AGGUUUUUGUGGAUCACGGUAAAUACGGCGCCCACUACGAUGGAGGGCGAAUCGCGCGGUGUUCCGACCCGGACCCUCUGUGGGCGACGCUGACUCGGGAAUCUAUCAAGCGCUAUAGGGACAUUGAACAAGCCUCAGGUGGGAGCACUUAUGGUCGGCAAGACCGAUACACCUGACAUUGCCAGCGUAUUCGAUGUUGCCAAGGAUCAGAACAUUACAGCCAAGCGCCUGAACAGCGCGGAGUUGCAAGGACAAUUUCCUUACUUACUGUUCAAUAGUUCUGACGAAGGGCUUUCCGAGUAUAAGAACGCCGGACAUAUAAAGCCGCGAAAACUUGUCCAUGCGCAGAAGAUGCUCGCAAUAAAAACGGGUGCACAUACAUUGAUGACGUAGUCACCAAAGUACACAGGUCUGUUGCUAAGAACGGGGACUACGUCAUGAAUGUUGAGACAAAAGGCGGGGAUAGGGCGAUAGUGUGUAAGAAGGUGUUAUUGGCCACGGGUGCGUUAACAGAGCUCAAUGCGUUACUGCCCGGUAUACUGAUUGACCAGAUGCUGCGUCCACUCACGGUGUCCUUGGUCGAGGUCAGCAAAGAGCACGCGGAGCAACAGCUUAAGUGCAUGCCGUGCGUGAUCUACCGCGGUGACGGCCACCAUUCCUGGCACAAAGUCAACCCCAAUUACAAGAACCGGAAUGUUGGGUUCUACAUGCUUCCACCCAUCAAGUACCCGGAUGGUGUCACGAUGUCACGCUGGCAUGGUGAUAGCUGCUUCGAAGAAGAAACGCCAAAAAUCCGCCCUUACAUCGACAUGGUACACGGCCAGCUGGGGGUAGCUAUUGGCGGAAACGACGAUGCUGCAAAAAGCAGCGACGAGAUCGGUCGAAUGGCGGCAAUGAUGAUGUUACGCGAAUGGGACUCACCCAUAUCAGGCACCUUUUUCGGCGUAAGCUGUAUUAAGCCAGAUUUUCACCCUGACUUGACCUUUGUAAGUGUCCAAUAAUAUUCAAAUAAAAUUUCCCGCGGCUAGGUACGAAUGAAUACACUUCAUUUAUUCCAUUGGCUGAUUUGAGUAUAACACCAGAACAUUGGAAACAUAUCCGCGUCUUUGUAACACUGUUUUACUGCAUGAAACAAUUUUAUCUCUAAUGAAAAGGCUCAAUAGAUAGAACAGUUUUACAAUCAAUUUUCGACAUAAAUACAGUUUGUGCGUUCACCUUGUCUUUUCAGAGAAUUACCAGAAAAAAAAAGUUUAUACUAAAGGCUAUAUUCUCAUAUUUAGUACUUACUUGCUUUGCAUUUCAACCCGCGAGGUUUCGGGUCAAUUCGCGGCCAGUGUGUGAAAGUCAGAGUUUAUAUACAGUUCAUCACCGGAGUUCGCAGAAGGGGUUGCGAUCUUUUCAUUGAAGGAAAAAAUUGGAAUCUAUGCUAUUUUUGUCUGAUGGAGUAAAUAGUUCGUUUAGUCGCUUUGUCGAUAUAUCGAUAUUUUAGGCACAGCUGUUGCCUUGGUCGUGUACAGUUGGCGUAAACAAGCCGUCGUUUCAGCAGCAGAAUUGUUACCUAACUUUAAUGCAUUGCAUUUCAAUCCGCAAGGUAUCAAGGUCAGUUUGCGGUCAGUUGCAGAAAUCUUUAUAUAAACGCCGUCUCGUAAACUUUGUGCACUUGAAGUCUGUUUUGAUCAGAAAGAUACUAAAUAAAGAUAUUCGGCGAUAUUAUUGUGGUAUGUCAAUCAUCGAUUUUUAAUAUGUUUUCAACAUUUGCAAGAUAAGGACCAAUUUUGAUAAAAUUAAUUAGAAAUAUUUAUCCAUUUAGACCAGUUUAUUAAGCAUGAGCACAAUAAUUCACUAUACUAUAAUUAUGCAAUUAAAUAAGAUUCGAGUAUUGCCGGCUGACCUAUAUGCACUCGUUUAUUUUCAUGCUUCUUGUGUUAUUCUAUUCUGUAAAUAUAGAUAUCUGAGUAAUAAUAUCACAUAAAGCAAAAUAAGCCACGAAAUCUGGCGCAACACCCCGUAAUUGAUUUGCUUAUGAUGUAGCUAAGAACUGCGCAGAAAAAAAGGCAUCCGCUACUUUUUAUCUCAUAGAGAUAACUUUUGAUCGUUCAUAAACAUCGACCACAAUCAACGCCGUAUAUCUUUUUUAAAGAUAUUUUUUGUUUAAACUGAAAACGAUACCAUCUGAAAACCAACAAUAACAAAGUCGAUGAUUUAAAUUCUUAACAUUCGGAGUUUAUGAGGAUUUGAUUGAAAAAUGUUGAAUGAAUGCUGAUAUUGCACACUUUAUGGCAAUAACAUUUUGUAUUUAAUGCAUUUCUGUUUAAUGUAGGCAAAGAUCAGUUAUUUAAAACUGGUAAUUCAAGGUUUUCACUUGUAGCUACUUGAUCACUCGUCAAUGAAAAUUGAUAAUCUACCAAAACCAACAAACAUACUCUAUGUGUAUACAUGUGAUGUGAUUUGGAUGUGAUAUGUAUGCAUGCGUUCAUAAUUCGUUUUCGUCACCAGUAUAAAGACAAUAAUAACAUAAUACAAAUUGAUGCUCGAUAAGGCGCUUUGUCUGGUAAUGGGAAUGCAUUUGAAAGCGCCGAACGGUUAUUUAUAUAUAUAUUUAUAGUAUAAAGCACCAUAAAAUCAAACAUGCAUAAUUUAGUACAGCAUAUUAAUGAGGUAAGCUUCUCCAACACAAGAAAAUGCAAAUGUAUGCACUGUUACCAAAAGAUUAGCAUUCUUCAAACAGAAGAUAGAUUACUCUUAGAAAAAAGCUUUGACAUCUAGCUACUAUGCACACAAGUGCAUUUACUUGCCCUUAGGUAGCAAAACGUCGGAGAUUUAUGCAUUUUGGUGUGGGGUGUGUAUGUUUCGAAUGAGAUUUUGAAAGAUUGGUUCGAAUUAGAUCAAAAUGUAUAUAACGCAUAAAAUGUUCAACAGAUAAAGCAUUAUGGCGAAUGCAGCCAUAAUGCAACCAUCAUGUUGCAAAAAUUAAAAAUAAACUGUUUUCCAAUAUUAA